CACACCAAGGUCGCCAUGAGUUCACUCAGUGAAGCAAACACCCACUUUGCAGUUGAUCUGUUCCAGCAGCUCAAAAAAUCAAACAAGGACAACAUCUUCUACUCCCCUCUCAGCAUCUCAUCAGCGUUAGCCAUGACCUACUCAGGGGCCCAAGGAAACACCGCACUCCAAAUUGGCAAGGUCCUUCACUUUAAUGACGUCACAGACAGCACAAAGGGAAGAGCCUCAACAGCUCACGUUGAAAAGUCGGGAAACGUGCAUCACCAGUUUCAAAAGCUUCUGACUGAGUUAAAGAAACCCACUGAUGCCUAUGAGCUGAACAUCGCCAACAGGCUCUAUGGAGAAAAGAAGUUUCAAUUUCGUCAGGAAUACAUGGAUGAUGUUAAGAAAUUUUACCUCGCCAGUGUGGAAUCUGCUGAUUUUAUAAAUGCCGCAGAAGAAAGUCGCAAGAAGAUUAAUUCCUGGGUGGAAAGCCAAACAAAAGGAAAAAUCAAGGAUCUCUUUCCCCCUCACUCUCUUAGCUCCGCCAUUCUGGUUCUGGUGAACGCGGUCUAUUUCAAAGGGCAGUGGGACAAGAUAUUUUAUAAAGAAUAUACAGUGGAGGAAAAAUUUUGGCUGAACAAGGAUACCAGCAAAUCAGUGCAGAUGAUGAAACAAAUCAGUUACUUUAAUUUCACUGCACUGGAGGACAUGCAAGCCAAGAUCCUGGAAAUGCCAUACAAAGACAAAGAUCUAAGCAUGAUGUUGGUGCUACCAAAUGAGGUAGAUGGUCUGCAGAAGCUUGAAGAUAAACUCACGGCUGAGAAAUUAUUAGAGUGGACAAGUUCACAGAAUAUGAGAGAGACACUCGUGGAUUUACGUUUACCUCGGUUCAAAGUGGAAAAGAGCUAUGACCUCACGAACACGCUGAAGUCCAUGGGGAUGGUGGACGCCUUCAGUCCACAGGACGCCAACUUUUUGGGCAUGGCAGAGAGUCGGGGUCUCAUGGUGACAAAAAUUAUACACAAGUCCUUUGUGGAGGUGAAUGAGCAGGGUACAAAGGCCGCAGCUGCUACAGGCACAGGAGUUGCUGGUGCGACAUCAGUACCACUUUAUGAAAGUUUCCAUUGUGAUCACCCUUUCCUGUUCUUCAUCAAGCACAAUAACACCAACUCCAUCCUCUUCUUGGGCAGAGUCUCUUCCCCUUAGAUUCAUUUAGCCUGCCACCAAUCUAGGGGGAUGUUUACAGUUGUUCUGAUA